AUGGAAGAAAAGCGAUACUUUUUGGAAAUAUGUUUCUUCACCGUGGUAGCAAUACUCAUACUCCUGGUUUGCUACUCAACCUGGUUCGACUUGUCGCUUCAAUCGGCCCAGCGAUAUCCGGACAAAUACUUCAGUAAAUCCCAUACCACUAGUCGCAACCGGCUGCUCUCCGCUUUCUCCAUUCCUCGGAACCUCCGACGCAUAGGAGAUAGUCCUGACACAGAAAUCCGUAAGGAGUUGAACUUCCUCGAAUCGUUCCGCUUCAUCCAAAUGCAUCGCAUCGUCACGCUUCACAUCGUUAUGGCCUUGGUCAAGGCCCCCAAGAGCAAUCCGGACGACCUUGAACGCAUGGUCUAUAAACCGGCCGCCAUCCAUUAUGUCGCCGAAUUCCAGAACUACGUACAAACUUUUUUCUCCAUCACUGGAAUGCUGUUGACGAUCAAUUUUCUGGAGCACAUUCGGAAGAACCCUCAAUUUGAUAUGAAAUACUUUUGGGAACGGAUCCGAGCACGGCUGUACCGAAUAAUUCCGGCUUAUCUGUUCAUCAUGCUGCUGGAAACUUCCAUCAAUCGACGAUUCAUGAACGGACCUCUGGCACAGCUAACGGUUGGACAAUCCAGAGCCAUUUGUCGUCAAAAUUGGUGGACUAAUCUGCUGUUUCUGAACAACUACAUCGAUACCGAUAAACCGUGUCUUAUUCAAUCGUGGUACUUGGCCGCUGAUCUGCAGCUGUUCGUAUUUGCCCUCGGUUGCCUAAUGUUAAUCUGGCGAUGGCCAUUCAUGAAGAAAUACAUUCUUGCCGCUGGUUUUGCAUGGGGAAUCAUCAUUACCACGAUCGUUGCCUACACACGUCGUAUCCCACCGGUCAUGACAGAAGACCUCAAGCUGUACGACAACUACAACUUCGGUCACCCAUACUUCCAACUUUAUCAACCGUUUCACAUGAACAUCACCAUCUACUUUGCCGGAAUGAUCGCCGGUUUCGUGUACCAUCGGUUCCGCGAGUCGCGCAAAGAGUUUUUCAAAUCUCGGCUGCAGUUCAACAUGCUGCAAAUCACCGUGUUCAUGUACUUCUUUACUUUGGCUACCGAUUGGUGGGUGGUUCUACACCAAUCUUCGAUCCCGCCACUUCUGUUGGCGAUCUACGCCACCUGGUUCAAACACGCCUGGGGACUCCUGUGCACCAUGAUCCAAGUCCGGACGGCUCUCGCCACCAGUUGGUCCCGCUUCCGGAGCUUUUUUAGUCACCCGAUUUUCAUCGUGCUCGGAAAGUUGUGCUACAGCUUCUAUCUGAUCCACUUCACCGUGAUAGUGCAGAUUGUAGGCUCAUCCAAACAGCCAAUCUUCUUCAGUAUGAGGGUGAUUAUGGAAUACAUGAUGACGGUCUGCAUGUACACGCUAUUUUUCGGAACGCUGCUGUGCAUCCUGAUCGAGCUGCCUUCAAAUGUGGCCCUGCGGGAACUGUUCGAGUCGACACCGGAAAAGAAACCUAUCGGGAACGGCGAUGCCGGUACGAAUGUACCGAACGGGAAAUCACAACUUAAUGCUACUAGUGACUGAAAACCAAAUGUUUUUAUUAUUAGGAAUUGUGUAAAAAAAUACUCAAUUAAAGCUGUGCUUUAUAAGAAUGUUCAAAAAUGGAAUUUUAUGUAUGUAUACUUUCAUCCGCCACUGUAAAUACAUUCGCAGCAGAGAGAAUGGUUGGUGCUAACCAUCCCGUCCGCUCACACAACUUGAGUAGAGAGUGAGACCGGCUUGUUUGUUGCUCUCGCAUUGAAGUCAUCACUGAUGAUCGCGCGAUCGAUCGAGUGCUUUGCUUCGUCUCCAAGCUCUGCGGGGUGGAGAACCGCCGCGAUCGUCGUCGCCAUAGUAACGAACGACGCUUCUCGCCGGUCACGUAGCACCGGGCGGCGGGCAAGCACGCGAAGAAAGCUACCAAAACAAAAGCGACGAUCGUGUGGUGUUCGGCAUCGCUUUUGUUGUAGGUCAACGUUUGCUGCCGCGAUGAUCGUUUCGCUAGUUCGUGUUGGUUGGGGAAGAGGUGAGCAAGGCAGACAAGAAAAGAUUUGCGCGUGUUUUGAUUUUUUAGGGUUUUCGGUGAUUACCGUCUAGUCGUACGAUCGGAUGGGCAGCUGGAAUUUUUGAAGUGAGUAAUUAUACAUGGGGAUGAUUGCCAUCUCAUCGUUUUUUGUGUGAUUUUUAUAUGUAGGAAAUGCGAAGAAUGACGCGCAUUUUCUUAUUUGAAUAGAUAACUUAUUCGUGACAUGCGAAGAUAUUUUCGGUUACCAUGAUAAAGAAGGUAGUAAUCGAUUGAAAUAUAUUUUUUGCAAGUCACCUAUUGUAAUCGCUCGCGUUCUAAAACUAGCAAUCAAAUCAAUUUCUUCGUAACCUUGCGUGAUUUAAGUUGAACUACGAAUUGAGCGAUCGUUUUCAGAGUAAACAUAACCAUAUUUUGAAUACCACUUCAUAACUUAUGGUGUUAAUCAUUAAAAUAAAGAAUUACCGAUGAGUUCACGUCCAUUACCGCAUUUAUCUAACGCCGACAAACUAAAUGAUCCUUCAUAUUCAUAUGGAUCGUCCCAUUUUGCUGAAUGACGUGGGUACUUAUCUGUUCUGACGUACAUUAGUUUGCAAUGAUGAUCCAUUUGACGUUUGACGUAAUUUCUAAGAAAGCAAAUAAUGAUUUGUAUGGGUAUUGUUGGAGAUUGACAAACGAAGAACACGUCAUUGA